AUGGCAAUGUCAAGGCCACCAAAUGAUUAUCCACUACGAAUUCUAGUACCAAGUGAAUGUGUGGGUGCCAUCAUUGGAAAAGGUGGUGCUCAGAUUAAACAAAUUAAACAGCAGACUCAUGCAAAAGUUGAUGUUAAUAAAACAGAAUCAAAUUCAAAUUCAACGCCUAAUCAAGAACGUGUUAUUAUCAUUCGAGGCCAACAAGACCAUUGCGUUCAAGCCUGUUAUGAAAUAUUGAAAAUCAUGUAUGAUGAUGCACAAAUUAAAAAUAGAUCAACUGAGAUUGUUUUAAAAAUAAUAGCUCAUAAUAAUUAUAUUGGUAGAAUAAUUGGAAAAGGAGGAAAUAUUAUUAACAAUAUUAAAAAAGAUACUGAUUGUAUCGUCACAGUAUCAAGUGUUAGCGACGUAACGCCUUAUAAUUGUGAACGGAUUAUUACCAUAAAAGGUGAAUUAGAUAAUGAAAUAAAAGCAUUAGAAAUUAUUUACAGCAAAUUAUGUAUGGCACACGAUAAUGAUUAUACAAAACCAUGGUCAAAUAGUGCACGUGGUCAGCCCCAAUUAAUGAUGAUGGGAUCACCUCAUCAUCCUUCAAAUAUUGUUCUUCAAGCUGCUCAACUACCACUACCUCCAACGGUAGCACAUCAACAACAAAUGUUAUCAACAAAUUUUACAAAUUCGAUGGUAUCAAAAUUAAAUCAACAAUCAAAUUUUUUAAAUCCUUAUUAUCCUUCUCCAUUGUAUCAACCUCCUGGUGGUCUUUAUAUGUUUCCUUCAAUGAAUUUGAGUGGUAAUAAUGGAACGUAUGGUAAUAUGGCUAAUAGUAACUAUCCACAAAUGUCAAAUCCAGUUAUCAAUGAAACAGUCAAUUUGUACGUGCCGAAUACAGUUGUUGGAGCAAUUAUCGGAACAAAAGGUCUAUUUAUUAAAAGCAUAAUUAAAUAUUCAAAUGCGUCUGUCAAAAUUGCUCCUAUAAGUCCCGAUGAAGAUCAAAAUAAAGUAAUUGAUCGUCAAGUUACUAUCACAGGAACACCAGAAGCACAAUGGAAGGCUCAAUAUUAUAUUUAUGAUAAAAUUCGACAAGAAGGUUAUGCUGGCAAUGACGAUGUGAAACUACGUGCUGAAAUUUUUGUUCCAACCUCAAUUAUUGGACGUUUGAUUGGAAAAGGAGGACAAAAUGUUCGCGAAUUACAACGGCAAACUGGUUCGGUUAUUAAAUUACCCGAUGAUUCACAACAAACAGCAGCAAAUGAAGUUCCGGUGAAAAUUAUCGGUCCAUUUCAAGCUAGUCAAUUUGCUCAACGUCGUAUACAAUCGUUAGUACAAAUGUCAGUAAAUCGUUCGGAAUCUUCUUCGUCAUUAACAAAUACAAAUGUAACUAACUUAAACAAUGAUGUCUCACAUACAAAUAAUGACAAUACAAAUGAUAAUGAUUCUUCUACCAUCGAUAAUAAUCACGUAUUGACAUCAUCCAUGAACGAUAUUACUCUCGAAAAUAAUCUUCACAAUACUGUUGAGACAGAACAAAAUCAGGAUAAUGAAACAUCUACAUCCUAG